UUCCUUUUAAGAGCAGCAGGACAGUUAAAUAAAGCCCCAAGCAUUGCCCCAGCUUAGGUAUUUACUCUUUAGGAGGUCACAAAUGUGGUAAAGAUGGCCCAGCAGUUCGUGAAUAGCAAGAUCAAAGCUGAUAAGGUGGUGGUCUUCAUCAAACCCACCUGCCCUCACUGCAGAAAAACUAUGGAGCUUCUCAAGCAGCUUCCUAUUAAACCGGAGUCCUUGGAAUUUGUCGACAUAACAGCCCACAGUGAUACAAAUGCGAUCCAAGAUUAUUUGCAACAGCUAACAGGGGCAAGAACCGUGCCUCGGAUAUUUAUUGGUAAAGAGUGUAUUGGUGGAAACUCGGAUCUCACAACCCUGGAACAGAAUGGCCAGUUGCUACAAAAGCUUCAACAAAUUGGAGUGUUACAGUAACUUCCAGGUACUUGGAAAAUGGAAUCUUAUAUGAUGUGCCGAAACACACACCAAUUUUGCUUCUCUUUCAACACCUCCUAUCCUGCCAGAACAUUUUAUUUUCAUUUCUAAAAUUAUAAACCAGAAAAAAUUUUUUCCUUCUGGAAAUGUUACUUCUCCUAUUAUCUUUCACAUUUCCAAAUGAUCUAGUAUCUUAUAACUUCAUAGCCAGAUCAAUAUUAAAAGGGCAUUCAGUUCACCCCAAAUCCUAUGGAAGAACUUCAGAGUACAUUACUCUAGUCCACUAUUUUCUUCAGUCUCCAUCUUGUGACUCCAAACAUUAUGAGAUAAAAAAAAUUCUGGUGUAAUCUUCUAGCUUCUAAAGGCUUUUACCAGAUUUUGACUUGGGAUGGAAUGAGUUUAAAAUCAGAUUUGUAGUUUGGAAGCUGGAAAAGACCCCAGAUAUUUAAAUGACAGGAUGAAGGAUGUUCUUUAAAGUGCUUUCUCCUGUUCUUCAUAUUUUCUUUCCAUCUGCUAGACAUCCAGGCUGUCUUUGCAUAGGAUCACAGAUUUAGGGACCUGAGAGGCCAUCCCACUCACCUCACAGAUGAACUGAGUGCUGGGAGAAGAUUAAUCUUGUAAAUGGCCUAACAUUCUAAAAACCUUAUUUUAGUAACUAUAGGGUUUUUUUGGAAAUUGAGAAUACUUCAACUUAAAAUUUUGUUUUUGUUCUAACAUUAACAAGCACUGAUACUAGUCACGAUUCUCAGGAAAGUGGUUUUGUGUCCUAGAACUUCUUGUUCUAGAGGUGAUCCACUGCUGGGUCAAAUUCCUAUCAGGUUCCUAAAAUCAUGGUCAUAAUAUACAGUAUAGAAAGGUGAAUCAAAUAUAUAACUCAGAAUUAUAAACAAAUGAAGUCGUAUAAUUUCAGUGGGCACCAACUAAAAUGAUAGCUUUGGGUUCAGCUUUAUCUUUAAUAAUCAUGAAAUAAAAGAUAAUGAGUACACUGUC